AGCGCCAGCUCGGCCCGAGCCCUGCGGGCUCGGCGCGAGCCCGCGCCACCGGCGCCCCCCGCGCCGCCCUCCCUCCUCCCGCCGCGCCUCCUCGCCCCUCCUCAGCGGGCCGUGAUGGAGGUGCCGCGGCGGCGUCGCCCCAACCGCUGCGCGGUCACCGCGGCGGCACCCCCACGCGCUUGGGGGCCGCCCUGGCCGCGGCUUUGGCGCCCGCGGCCGCGCCUGGCGCCGCUGCGGGGGGUGCCGACGGCUCCGAGGCGGCCGACCCCGGCACCGAGCGGGAGUUCCAGGCCGAGCGGGCGGAGGGUCCGCCUGGCGACGCGCCCCAGCUCGCGGCGGCGGCGGGCGCGGCGGCGACGCGCUACCCCGCGGUCGAGCAGGAAGGCGAGACCAGCAUCGUCGACAUGGUCCGAGCCCUCCGCGCGGAGAUCGCGACGGCGGCCGCCACGAGCCAGGCGGAGGCCACCACGGCCGAGCAGGCGGCGGCGAGCGAGCGGGAGAAGGAGUCAACGGCGACAGAUGUGCUGCGGGCCAUGCAGGGCGGCCACUUCGGCACGGCUGCCGUGCCGUUGGGUGGGCCAGCUGCUGGCGCCGAGGGCGCGGCCCCAGGGCCCCUACGGGGGAUGACUGCCCAGCCGCUGGCCGCUGCGGCGGGCUGGGCAGGCAGCGCGGCGCCGCGGGCCGCAGUGGAGACGGGGCCGCAGAUCAACUGGACAGUGUUCGGGAUUCCCUCGGGCGGGCCAGUCACAGAGCCAGUGCCGCCAGUGCAGCAAACACCGCAGACCGACGGGCAGUGCAAGCAGCAGUGAUCGCUGGACGUUUCAACUCCUUACUGGUGCUCGCGGUGCGCUACCUUGUGCUCGUGUUCGCCGUGGUGGUCAGGGUAAUUAGAGAGUGUGUAUUGAUAUGACUUCGUCAUUGGUCUCGUCUCGUCUCGUCCUCCUCCUCCUCCUCCUCCUCCUCC